UGUCACACUGUGCUGUCCUGUAGGCGGCUCCUCCUGCUUCCUGUGCUGUGUGCUAUGUGUGCUGCUGCUUUGCUCGGCCCCCGUGUGGUUGUGUCUUGUUGUGUUGUUGUGUCUCAUGUCGUCUCCUCCUCUGCUCGCCCCUGUUGUCGGGGGAUCUCCGGGUCUUCUCCUACCCCGGGAUCCGCCACCCCGAGCCUGGAGUCCCCGGGACAAGUGCAGCUACCUGGGCCUGUCCCACGGCAACCUGCGAGUCCACUACAAAGGACAUGGUAAAACUUCAAGAGAUGCUGCUUCAGUGCGGGCCACACAUCCUAUUCCAACUGCAUGUGGAAUAUACUAUUUUGAGGUGAAAAUUAUUAGUAAAGGGAGAGAUGGCUAUAUGGGCAUUGGACUGUCGACCCAGGGUGUCAAUCUGAAUAGGCUCCCAGGUUGGGAUAAGCAUUCCUAUGGAUAUCAUGGAGAUGAUGGACAUUCAUUCUGUUCCUCUGGAACCGGUCAACCGUACGGCCCGACUUUCACAACCGGAGAUGUCAUUGGAUGUUGUGUUAACUUAAUUGACAACACAUGUUUCUACACUAAAAACGGACACAGUCUAGGUAUUGCGUUUACAGACCUUCCGCCAAACUUAUAUCCAACAGUUGGACUUCAAACUCCAGGAGAAGUGGUUGAUGCUAAUUUUGGGCAGAGUCCUUUUGUGUUCGACAUAGAAGACUACAUCCGAGAGUGGAGAACCAAAAUUCAAGCUCAGAUUGAAAGAUUUCCUGUUGGUGGUGACUGGCAGUCUAUAAUACAGAGAAUGGUGUCUUCUUAUCUUGUACACCAUGGCUACUGUUCCACAGCUGAAGCCUUUGCCAAGUCCACAGACCAGACCGUUCAGGAAGAGCUCGCCUCCAUUAAAAACCGGCAAAGGAUUCAGAAAUUGGUAUUAGCAGGAAGAAUGGGAGAAGCUAUUGAAACUACACAACAGUUAUACCCCAACCUGCUAGAGAGAAACCCUAAUCUUUUCUUUACCCUAAAGGUAAGGCAGUUCAUAGAAAUGGUGAAUGGGACAGACAGCGAAGUCAGAUGCCUGGGCGGUCGCAGUCCUAAAUCACAAGACAGUUACUCAGGUUCGGAUAGCAAUUGCAGUAAUGGUGUAAUAUCAAACAAAGCUCACCAGUCCCACAGUCGUAGUAAGCACCAGCCUACCAGCCUUAAUGUAACAGAGCUCAACAGUAUAAACAUGACAAUAUCACAACAACUGAACAGCUACACCAGCAAUGAUGUAGAAAUGGAGACCGAUCACUAUUCCAAUGGUUUUGCAGCAGCCUCAUCUAAUGGAUUUCUAAAUGGCAGCACAAAGCAUGACAAUGAGUUGGAAGAAUGUGACACGGAAAUGGAGGUAGAUUCAACUCAAGUCAGACGCCAGCUGUGCGGAGGGAGCCAGGCCGCUGUGGAGAGAAUGAUCUGUUUCGGGAGGGAGCUACAGGCUAUGAGCGAGCAACUAAGAAGAGAACGAGGAAAAAAUGCCACCAACAAAAACAUGUUAAAGGAUGCAUUUAGUCUAUUGGCAUAUUCAGAUCCCUGGAACAGCCCAGUGGGUUACCAGCUGGAUCCUAUACAGAGGGAGCACGUGUGCUCAUCCCUCAAUAGUGCAAUACUAGAUAUACACAACCUGCCAAAGCAGCCACCGCUCUCCCUGGCUUUAGAACAAGCUGCGCAGUGUUUAGAGAUGAUGGCGCACUCGGGCAUUGGCUCCUGUGCAUUUGCCAGGCUGGGUGAUUACUUACAUUAGCUAUGCAGUAGAAGACGUCAAUGUAAACAGACUAUAUGCAGUAUGGGAUUACUGUAAGACACAUAGACCAGCUGUAGUUACUUGAAACUCUUAUUUGUUUCAGUUAUUACAUUUGUAACAAGCACGUCUCUUAUCAUUGACUUUAAAUAGCUUUUUAUUUUUAAUUAUUAUUAUUAUUAUUAUUUCAUUCACUUUUUAAGAGGAUAUUGCUAUAUAAUUCUGGUUUGACAUGCCAGCAAUAUUUUGAUUUGACUAUAUUAAUCUGUAACGUUAAUCCUCUUCCAGUAUGUGAGGUACAGUAAAGAAUACAAUGAUAAAAGAUGCUAGUAUACAAGCAGGAUGCUUGCAGCCUGGUCUUGUUUGUUUCUUUCUUCUUCUUUUAUUUGGGACGCAUUAUAGACACGUCACCGCUGUGCUGCAAGAAUUCAAGUGAUUACAAGCUGCACCCUAGCUUUUUAUUUGCAGUCUGUGGUCUCCAGAUCUUUACUGGCCAAACUGUUAUGUAUCUAUUGUGAACCUGCACGCACUGUGAUGAAUAUCACAGGACAUAUGUAAUACUUUACUGAGCAAGACUGCCAGUGUGCCAGUUGUGUAUUUUCACUUGGCAUGUCUAAUAUGUAGACAUCAAUCUGCUUCUAGUUCAUCUAUUUUCUUACAAAGGGCACCAUCAAAAGUUAAGACAUCUUGUGUAGACUGCAGAAUAUGCCACCUAUGUCGUGAAACUUGAAUUGCCCAGGAAAGGAGUGUUUUGUUUUUUCUUAAUAUGCACCUGAACUCUAGUCCUAGGGCGCAUUGAUACGGCCAGCUUCAGCAUUUGUACUCGCUAUGGGCUGUGUCAUUGUUUUUUUUCCUGUUGUGUGAUAACCUCUUUAUUGUAACAUGUCAGCACAACAUGUGACGUGAAGAAUUCUACUCGGCUCUGCCCGUGAAUGGACAGCUUCUUCACAUUAUAUUAAAUAGGGAUUGGUGUGUCUUUAAUCAUUUAUUUAUAGAAAAGAACCAAAUAUUUAGUCUAUUUCUAGGUAUCUUAAUUUCACCUUUGUACACUUUAAUUUUUAAGUGCUAAAAUAUUGAAUAAAAAUGUAACUGUACUUAAAUUAAUCUGCCAAUAAAAACUUAAUUCGGAAACUAAUGUAAUGUCUUUUUCUAAAUUAACGGGAAUCUUUCAACAGCAUUUAUAUAAUGUCCCUUUAAGACUGUAAACUGUGUAUCCUAAAGAUCAUAUAUAUGUUGUGGAGCAUUUCCUGCUGAAUAAAACAUGUUUCAUCAA